UCGAUAAUUUCACACUCGUAAUCAAUUUUUAACGCAAAGUUCUAAAAUCCCAACUAAAUUCAUGGAAACAAAUAGCUCCAGCCACCAAAAAAGGAAGGGGGGAAAAAUCACCUACAACUACCGCCGCCUUAGUACUUGUUUCGGGUUCGGGUUUUUGGGUGCGGGUACAAUUCAAACCGCAUCAAAUCCAAGUCAGAAUCCAGAAUCCACUUUAUGACUCCACUACCACGAGCCAAGGAACCACUCCACCGCCGGCGAGAAAAGAGAAGCAAUCAUGGCGCCAAAAAAGCGCCGCUGCUCUCCGACGCCCGAUACAGACGGAAUCUUCAACGGCAUGGUCGUCUUCUUCGUUCCCAAGGGAAUUCAGCAACGAAGACUGCAGGUUUGGAAACAAAAAUUGGAGCAGAUGGGGGCUAGGGUUGAGGAUCAGUUAUCUAAGAAAGUCACUCAUGUGUUUGCUGCGGACUCUAAUGCGAUUAUUCAACAAGUGGAUCAUGAGCAUUUGAAACACUUCACAGGAAAGUUGGUUCUUUAUCAAUGGCUGGAGAACUGUCUGAAAUCAGGAGAAAAGUUAUCUGAAGAGCAAUAUACAUUAAAUCUAGAAGUUAAUAAUACAGAGGAGCAAGAGAGAGUCAGAAAUCAUAAACCAACAAAUCCUAGAUAUUCAGGUGAUGAAUUAUUGCGUCACAAAAGGACCAAGGUGCCUUCUGAAGAUUCAAGGGAAAAAGGCAGGAUUGAUGAUGAAAAGAGGGCCGGACUUGUUCCAGGUGGAUCUGAUAAACCUGACAAUCAAGAGGCCUCCAAACAUGUCGAAGAAGAGAUGUUGGAAAUUUGUCACAAGACUGACCAAAGUAUUUGUGCCAGUAGUCCCAGUUCCGUUGAUUCUGACCCUGCUACUUUUGAAGCAUCAAAGGAGGCUGAUGCUUCUCAGUUGUCAUCCUUGUACAGCCCACCUGAUCUUAACAGGAAUAUAACCGAAAUAUUUGGCAAGCUCAUUAACAUAUAUAGAGCAUUAGGAGAUGAUCGCAGAUCAUUCAGUUACCACAAAGCCAUUGCGGUGAUUGAGAAGUUACCGUUUAAAAUUGAAAGCAUCGACCAGGUCAAACACCUUCCUGCAAUUGGGAAAUCAAUGCAAGAUCAUAUUCAUGAAAUAGUGACCACUGGAAGGUUAUCUAAAUUGGAGCACUUUGAGCAAGAUGAGAAGGUGCGAUCAGUCACUUUGUUUGGAGAAGUUUGGGGAAUUGGUCCAGCAACUGCUCUAAAAUUGUAUGAAAAAGGACACCGUACCCUUGAGGAUCUGGAAAAAGAGGACUCUUUGACAAAUUCACAGAAACUAGGAUUGAAGUAUUUUGAUGAUAUCAGUAAGAGAAUUCCACGAAAUGAGGUUAGGGAUAUGGAGAUGCUUUUACAAAAAGCUGGAGAAGAUAUUCUCCCUGGGGUUGUUAUUGUCUGUGGAGGUUCCUAUAGACGUGGAAAGCCUUCCUGUGGGGACAUGGAUAUCGUAAUUACUCAUCCUGAUGGAGAGAGAGUCUUGGACUCUUGGCCUUGCAACAGUCCUUUGUCUUAUGUAUUACUGGUUAUGCUAGUCUGCCAUAAGGGUUUUCUAUCGGAAUAUGUCCGAUACUUGAAGGAGAUCAAUUUUUUGAGGGAGGAUCUGGUUUUCAGUGUCCAUAGCACUGAGGGAACUGAUUCUGGGGUAGAUACAUACUUUGGUCUUUGCACUUAUCCUGGUCGAGAACUUCGACAUCGCAUUGAUUUCAAGGUUUAUCCGAGAAGCAUAUAUGCCUUUGGGCUAAUAGCAUGGACAGGGAAUGAUGUCCUAAAUAGAAGGUUAAGACUAUUAGCUGAAUCCAAAGGUUAUAGACUUGAUGAUACAGGUCUAUUUCUGGCUACUACGAGCACUUCUACGAAGCGGGGAACCAAGUCGAGCACAAGCUUGAACCUUAGAACAGAGAAGGAAGUAUUCGAUUUUCUUGGAUUCCCUUGGCUAGAACCCCAUGAAAGGAAUUUGUGAUGCCGAAGUCUUACCACUGUUGUAUUUAACAGAACGAGAAAACGGUGCACUAACAAAAUUUUUUUGCUACAUUUGUGUGGAUUGUACACUUCAUGUACAGUCCCUUAGAUGAGUUUGUAUAUACUGAUGACUUCGUAAUAGAGCAACAGUAUUUUGGGCGGUGAAGGGUGCUUGAAGCGCCUGCAAAGUAUCUUAUAGUUUUGAUGAACAG